GCUCUUACUCAUUUGAAUCUAGGUGGAGCUCCCUUCCUCCCUCCGGUGACUGCCCUGAUCAAAAAGCUUUUCUCAAAGACAUGCACACAGGCUCAUGAAUACACACAUUCACUUUUAAGGAGCUUUGCAAGAACACCCUUUGCUUUGUGUUGCUGAGUCAGUAGCAGAGACAGCUCUUCUCCCCCAGCCAUCCUCCCGUGAGCCUGCUGGCUGCCCCAGAAGAUGGUGAAGUACGGCCUCGACUACACACGGUGCAGAUGGAUCCUACCUCUGCUUCUGGGCAUAGGCGUCAUCUUUGGUAUCAUCGCACUAGCAGGCAGGGGCUGGUUGGAAUCGCAGACCUUGCCCUAUGUGCAGCGGGCAUCGUUAUGGGAAAGCUGUCAGAGACCUAAUGCAGAUGGAGAAUGGAUCUGCGAGUCCCUCAUGAAUUAUGCUUGGGGAAGAGCUGCUGCUGCCACAUACCUUGUUGGCUUUAUACUUCUAGUCAUCUGCUUUGCUCUGGCCAUCAUAGCAUUUGCCAUUGAUACACUCCGGUUCAACUUCAUAAGAGGGAUUGGCGGCUUGCUUUUUGUCGCUGCUGUGUUCUCCGUCAUGGGCCUGGUCAUUUAUCCUGUAAAGUUCUCAACUGAGAUUAAAAUGACAGGAAUCAAUAUGUUCAGCUGGGCCUAUGGCUUUGGCUGGACCACUGCCAUUAUGGAAAUAUGCUUGGGAUUCUUCUUCUGCUGCCUUCCUAACUAUGAAGAUCAAGUCUUGGGUAAUGUGAAGCCCACAUAUUUUUACUCUUCCCCAUAAACACCAGAAAAAAUGCAUUUGUAUUCCAGAGAUAUUUGACAGAUCAUCUAAAUUUUCCAGAAUAUCAUCAUUGGAUGUUAGUAGAAAAGGCUGGAAACUUUUUAAAUGUAUGUAGAAAAACAGUACUGGCAUUUUACAAUAAAGUUAUCUGCUCUAUUCUGGACCUUCAUAUCUGAGGUGGGUUGCUUAGAUUAAGUCUAAACGUUUUAAAACCUUGUGUUUCCUCAUUCAUGCCCAUUAGUGAGGGUGUUUAUGGAUUCCGUUAUAUAUUACAUGCAUUUGUAUUUCCAAUUAAAUUCAGAAAAUAUUUUUAAAUCUUCAGUAAACCAAACAACAUAUAUCAUCUUCCGGAAGCAAAGCAGCUCACAAUAACCCUAUUUUGUCUAUAUCAGCUUAGUUUAACCUGAAGAUUUUGUGUGUUUUUUCAAGAGCCAAAUAUUUUUAUCCAUCAUCUGCCAAAGUAGUAAAUUAGGUAAAUUAGCCAGCCAGCACUUCAUAGCUUUGCUUCCUUUUUUCAUUCAAUAAUUUAAGGUACAGGCACAGAGCAAGAUAAGACAGAGAGAAACCCCCCUGCCCCCACCAAAGCCAGCACUCUAACUUGGAAUAUAAGUAUUUAUUUUGGAAUAUUUGUAAGAGUAAGCAAUAACCAUCAGUAAUCCAGGCAUCCUUAAAAAUCCUGGCAUGCCAUUACUGGAACCAGCCCAGACCAGGCCAAAGGAGAGGGGAUUUCAAGCCAUCCCUGCACAGUACAGAUUUGGGUUGAAGAGGCUCCUGGUGUGUCCUUCUUCAGGGGCAUCUGCCUUUUAAUCCAUUAUAUCAAAAUCUGUGGCUUUAAAAUCUCUCUUAUACUAUUCCAGCUCUUUUAUUCAGAAUGAAAGGAAGUCAGGAAGGACUUAAACAGAUGUAUGAUUCCCCUCAGCCAUCUAGGUAUACAUUAGGAGUAGAAACAAGUAGCAGCUAUCUGUAGAAGUUUGAAUUUAGAUAUGAAACAUUUGUGCAAAGACCCCUUUUUCAUUAGUCUGUUGUUUUUAAGUACUCUAAGAGCAGAAAGUAUGUAUUUUAAUGCAUAAUUGUAAAAUGCACAGAUAUGCCCUACCAUCUCAUACAAAGACUCUCAUAGUAAGAAGAAAUCACAUCAUGAAAUACCUUUUUGUAUCUUAUACUCCACAGUGCUCCAAAUAUUAGUAUAUUGCAAACAAUAGAGUAUACUCAAGAUCAUGCUGCUUUCUGCCUUGCAUAUCCUAACUUUAAAAUGUUCCAUUUCUUCUGUUAAGUGAAAAAGAUGGAUAAUUCUGUUAUGUGUAAAAAGAAGUCCCAUUGAAAUCAUUAGCUAGAGAGGCUUAUUAUCUUGUAACUCAUCUCCAAUUUUUUAAUAAUCCAUACUUUAUGAAAAGUGCCAUACCAAAUGUUCUUUACUGCAAAGAAUAAGGGGUAGAAAAACAUUUUAGUAAGCUUUGGGUAGCUAAAAUUAAUAAAAGCACAGGACUUAAUCUUUUUUUCCAGCAAUUAGCUCCACUCACUUCUAGGGAGUUACUUUUAACUUUGAUCAAUAAACAUGAGAGGAGUGUCAGACCAAUGUGGAGUGUAUACACACCAGAGAAUAGUUAGACCAGAGCUUGCAAAUACAUUAAAAAGAUGUUUCCUAUUUGGAAAGAAAUGAAAAUAAAAUAGAGCUGGGGAAGUAGUUGGUAUAAAGUGGCUUGCAAUUCUUUAUGCAAUGUUAUCUGAUCAGAAAGAAAUCUAUCACAAAUCUUUUUCUUAUGCUUAUUAUACCCAAUAAAUGAUGGUAUCUAUGUACUGUU